UGUGAGAGUGAGAGAUCUGUACUCAAUUACUCAUAUAUAAUACUCUUUUGACUUCUUCUUCUUCUUCUUGUUUAUGUUUGUGUUCCACACAAAAAGUCUCUGAAACUUAUUAGAAGAAAAAAAUGGAAAAGAAACUUGGGAUUAUGGUCUUCCUUUUCGUUGUUCUUGUUCUUCACUUCUCUGAGCCUCAUACGGCUCAACGUCCUUUGCAAGGGGAUGACAAAGAUGAAGGAAACAAGAAUGAUAAUUGGAUUUGGGCUAAGGCUACACAAGCAGAUAAGGCUUUUGACCAAGAAUUAUCGCAGCUGAUGGGGGAAGAGGAGAAGUGUGAGGAGAGGGAUGAAGAGUGUAUGAAGAGAAGGAUGAUCACUGAAACUCACUUAGACUACAUCUACACUCAAAGCCACCACAAGCCUUAACCAUCCCCAACCCUCUUUAUUUAUUUUAUUUAUGCAUUAUAUUAUUAUUAUUAUUAUGUGAAACUUAAAAUAAAGUUUUAGACUGGGAAAUACUAGUAAUCCAAAAACUAUAGAAGCAUUAAUAUUUUAUAUCGUGGCAGCAAAAUAUAAAUGUAAAAAAAUAAAAAGAUGUAUUUCCUUUUUCUU